AUGGAAGAAAGCACCAUUUUCGCUGACCCUUUGCUGGAGCCAGCAGAGACUCAAUUUGCUCGUGUUCUAGAGAACUACAGAUUGGGCAAUGCUGGCGACGAUCCGUUUGCCAUAGUAAAGAGCUUCACAGGUAUCUCAGCAAAGAUCGCAUUGGCCAUGAACCAGAAACUAGGAACUGACGAAGACGCGAAGAGCGAGUUUGAGAACUGGAAUCUCGAAACGAAAAUAUGGCAUUUGUUUGAGUUGCUCUACUCGUUUAGAUUGUCUGAGAACAAGCAAUUUGAUGCUCUUUCGUACGCUUCAUUGAGAGUUCAAAGAGAAGCCUUCUUGUCAAAAAACCCAAAGCUAAAGGAAAUGCUCUUGAUUAUACAAUGGCUACAGUACAACUCUCCCGGAUGUGCGCUUGAACCGCUUCAAGACUCGCAGAAACUGAAAUGGUUGCAAACUACACUUAAGGCGAAAACGAGGGCCUUAUCUGCAAUUGCAAAUGCUGGAGGAAACUCUUCCCAGCUCGUUACAAAUAUAGAUCUGGAUGCGCCAUUGCGUGAAAAUAAGCAGAUCGCUCCGGAAGAUACAGAGACCGAUUCGGUUGUGUUUUCUCAGAUAUACCAGAUCCUUCUCACAGGUGACUACCAGGGGGCUCUGGACUUAGCUAAUGAGACAGGCAACUACACUCUAGGGCUAAUCUUGUUGGGCGCUAUUCAAGACUACUAUGAUCCAGUUGUGGAUAAAGUACCAGGUGAUGAUGAAGAUAUGGAAAUCGACACUGAUCAGGCAGAGCCCUCAGGGAUUCGUCACAAGUAUUUGUGGCAACAAACGGUGUACAAACUUUCUCAGGAGAAAAACAUCAAUUACUACGAGCGUCUUAUUUAUUCUUUCCUAAGUGGUGGAGACCUUACCGAGAACGUCAAGUUUUCUGAACACAGCUGGGAAGAAUGCCUCCUUGUUUACCUAUAUCAACUACUUACCUACCAUAUUUUGGUGUUUGUUGAGAAGCUCAUUCCAGAGGAUGAGAAGCUCCGGACGGUGCUGAUGCCAACUCCCCAAUUUCAGUCCGUCGACGACAUCCUCAAUACUAUUCUGCAAAAGAAAAAUCAAAGUGAGAACCCCUUCAGGGUCAUAAUGGGCAGCAUAAUGAUUGACCAGCUCAAUAUUUUCUUACAUAAUGCAUUCAAGGCAGAUCAAGCAGACAUUGCUCAAGAUUACCAGCUUCUACGAAUUCUCACACAUCUAGCAGUCAUGACGGUUAUACUCAAUGUUCAUGAUGGGUCGAAAACCCCAACGCGCAUCAUAACACGCUAUAUCUCAAGGCUAUCUGAUCUCGGAUUGGAGGAUCUUGUUCCUGUUUACAUGACCUUCAUUCCGGAUGAAAAGGACGUGCGUGAGUGCUACUCUAUCUUCUUAUCGACAAUCACAGAUCCAGAAAAGAGAGCUAGACAGCUAAGCAUUCUCAACAGAUUCGACGUUUCGUCUGCGGGCGACGAGACCCCAGCUAGCUCUGCCACCGAAGACAUACCUGACAAUGAUAAUAAAAUCUACAAUGUUUUGAAGAGAACUGUCGAAAGAGUGAUGUUGGAGACGGAGGAUCAUUACAACCAAAAUGGUGACGUCGUGAUUGCCGACACAGUUGUUGACCCUACAGACGUAAAGCUCUAUAGAGCAGUGGAUUGGCUUUUCGAUAAGGAUAUGUACGAGGAUGCCAUUAACGCUACGAAGGUUCUCAUGCGUCGUUUCCUUCUAACCGGCCGAGUGAAAGCCGUUCAAUCCUUUAGUGCCAACAAAAAUUUUAAAACUCUCUUAAAAGACUAUGACUUUUACGUUCAGACGAAGUCGCUUGACGGGAACAGUCCCCCAGCAAUUGUAUCUGAAGAAGUUAGACAAGAAUUGCUACAGUAUCAAGAUCUCGUGGAAACUCUUGAGCUUUUGAAUCAAUGGAAGAGCUUUGUUGGAACGGACAUUAAUUCUAGUCAAUUUUCCGAAUUCUGGAAAUCGAAGGAUUUGGAAAAGUCAAUUCAAAAAACGAUCCAUAAAUUACGAAAUCUUAUCAGUACCUGGUUCAAGGACGCAGCCACUUCUUCAAUGGACGAAGAGCUGACCGAGAUAUAUGAGGAAUACCGAAACAUCUACGUGCCUUAUUUUAUUAUAGAGCUCUUACAAGUUCUUCAACAAUCAAGGCGAACAGAUUGGAAAUACAUGCGCCAGGCGUUCAACUUGAUUAAUGAGAUUGCCGAUGAUAGCGCAAAUGACUACUUGCAGAGGUUCAUCUCGUGCGGCAGAUUGAACGAAUUUGUUUGCUUGACUGGUGACAUAGCUAUUGUUGCCAGUGAAAAAGGAUUGAAAGGUAUAUUUGCGUGA